CGUUGUUUCGCAGGUGUAGGAGCACCACAGCACAUACCACCUGUCAAAUGCACAACUUUUACUCCGAUUUACUUCAUCUUAUGUGAGAAGACAACCCUGUCUUCUGUCAGUUUGGAUUAAAAUUUGGUGCCAAAAUGCAGAAAACAGUUUAUUACACGAGCGUGCUCUUCCUUCGAUGCGUCUGCGUCAUUUACCUGUUCGCAUUUCUUUCUCUUUACGUGCAGAUUCCAGGGUUGAAUGGUCUCAAUGGAAUCCUCCCUGCUCGCUCCGAACUGGACAGCGCAAAAAUUGGCAAACAGGCAACUCUUUUGGACAAGUUUAAGGCCAAACCUACGUUGCUCUGGCUUGCUCCGGAUAUUGGUCUUAACACCGAGUAUGCCAUGGAACUAAUCGCCCUCGUCGGUGCUGCAAUUUCCUUCCUUGCCUUUGUCUUCCGGACGCUGUGCACUGCACCGGUGUUUGCUGCCCUCUGGAUACUCUACCAGUCCCUAUUCCAAGUGAAUCCAGUCUUCCUUGGAUUCCAAUGGGACAUUCUGUUGCUGGAAGUGGGUUUCUUGAGCAUCGUGAUUGCACCCCUGUGGGGCACCCGUUACCACAAAGUGGAUCCGACGACGUCGAUCCGCUUCUGGCUGGUGCGCUGGCUCAUUUUCCGCCUCAUGUUCUCGUCUGGAAUAGUUAAGCUAACGAGCGGCUGUCCUACAUGGUGGGAUUUAACCGCGCUUGACGUCCACUUUGAGUCGCAAUGCAUCCCAACGCCGCUGGCCUGGUACGCACACCACCUGCCAAGCUGGUUCCUCCACCUGUCCACCCUGGGCGCGCACUUCAUCGAGUGCAUCGUGCCACUUUUCUUUUUCAUCCCCAUCAGACCGGUCCAGUAUACUGCAUUCUACCUGCAAAUCCUGCUGCAAGUCUCCAUCAUCUUGACAGGAAACUACAGUUUUUUCAACCUGCUAACGAUUGUGCUCUGCAUCGCUCUGGUUGAUGACCAUUUCUUCUUGUACAAGGAACCAAAGAAACCUAAAGCAAAGUCCUCGUUUAUGUCUCUUCUUGGCGUGCUGGUCUGCAUCGCCUUGUACGGUGGCGCAAUUUACAUCACAGGAGUCAUGUUCGGCUUCAAACUCGGCCCAGACAAUACGCCCCAGUUCAAAGCCGCCUUCAACCAACAGCAUCUGAAGGAAGUGCUCACUUGGUUUGUGCCUCUGACGAUGGUCUAUGGAUUUGCGUCGCUGACUUUCCUGGCCGCCUCUGAAUUCUUUGGCGUCCUGCGCAAAAACGUUGGCUUCUUCACCAAGGUCUUCCAGCUUGGCAGAGUGGUGUACGUCUCUCUUGUGGUGGUGUCUCUCUUUGCCAUAUCUCUGGUCCCAUACUCUUUGAUCCGACCCAGAAGUCGUUCCGAACCGCCUAUUUUGACCGCGCUGGAGCCUAUAUAUGCGCAAACCUACAAAUACCAUAUCAGCAGCGGCUACGGCCUCUUCAGGCGCAUGACUGGCAUUGACGGAAGGCCAGAGGUCAUCAUUGAAGGGUCAAAUUCGAUGGAAGGGCCCUGGAAGGAGUUUGAGUUCAAGUACAAGCCAGGUGACGUUAAUAGACGUCUGCCUAUGGUCGCUCCUCAUCAACCUCGUCUGGACUGGCAAAUGUGGUUUGCUGCUUUGAGCACCUACCACGACAACCCGUGGAUCAUGAGCCUGGCGUACAGACUUUUAACGGGACAGCCAGAGGUUAUGAAGCUCCUGGCUCAAAACGACUCAUUCUCAAAACCUCCAAAAUACCUCCGUGCAUCCUUGUACACCUACAGAUAUACUCCCUGGGAGAAAAGUGGUGCAUGGUGGACUCGAAAGAAGGAAUCUGAGUACUUCCCUAUGUUUUCUGCUACACACAAACCACUGCUGGAGUACCUACAGAAGUUGAAUCUCGUCAAUGUCAAAGACUGGCCUCUAAAGAAUCAAUAUCUCGUCACAAUUUUGGAUUCUAUUCGUGCAAUAUUCCAAGCAACUGAUCCCGUCGUCAGCAUUUGGGGCGUUGGAUUUGCUGCUUUUGCCAUCAUGUUAACUUGAAUUAUGAUUUUUUUGUGAUUGAAUUUUUGUAAGAAAAUACCGAAAAUUCUUGGUAAAUUUGGUAGCCACAAUGUCAUUAAUGUGCAAUAAUCAAGUCGUACACAUUAAAAAUU